AACGACCGGAUUACGGCAGGGAGCUUCCACAUGGCCUCCGACCGUGCUGGAAGCGGAGUGUGUGUCUGAGGUCUGAUCGCUUCAAAGCCACAAGAGAAACACCGCGUUGCAUGCGCAGCUGGCACUUUAAUCGGGACUGAGAUGGGUAAAAGUAAAACUACUAAAUUCAAGCGGCCGCAGUUCAGCACGGUGGGGCUGCCGGUGAACGCUGUGAAGGAAGAGGACGCACUGGAGGAAGACCACGGGGAUGAAAGCUGUCCAGCUGCGGAGUUGCUGGAGAAAUUGCAGAGUCCCAGUGCAGAUGUGCGAGAGUUUGCAUGUGCCAGCAUUUCUCGGGUGGUGCAACAGAGCCAGACCAUCCCAGGUUUCCUCCAGAGGGAUGCUGUGAGGCGCCUCGGGCCCAUGCUGCUGGACAGCAGCCUGGCUGUGAGGGAGACUGCCACUGGAGCCCUCAGGAAUCUGAGUGCAUGCGGGGGUCAGGAGGUGUGUGAGGACAUGGUGAAGCACGACGUCAUGACUCCUCUGACAGCACUGCUUAGAGAGUGCUGUGCUGGUUUUGAGAGUGCCGCGGAGCCGAUGAAAGACCAGAAGAAUGCAGUGGAGGAUGUAGCCAAUGAGGCCGUAAACCUACUGUGGAAUCUAUGUGAGAGCAGCCCACAGGCACUGUCUGUGUUCAACAAAGCAGGUCUCCUGGACCUGGUUGUCCAGUGUCUGGAGAGACACGCACAAAACGUGGAACUGGCCAUAUCUGCCGCCCACUGUUUGCACACUGUGACUGAGGAUAACCCAGAGCUGCUGUGUAGCUUGAACACUGCUGUGCUUGGGGUGCUGGAGAAUGUGCUGCUGUCAUCUCAGCCAGGCAUGGCACAAACUCUCCUCAGGACAUUGGCUGCAGGAACACUGUGGAACAUGAAGGGCAGUCUGCCAGCUGCCCGUCAGGCCCAGACCCUCAGCGCUGUGGUGGCCAACUUGUCACAGUGCCUGGAUCUGGACACAGGUACGCUGAUACCUGAACUCAGACAAGCAGAAGAGGUUCGUCACAGAAACACACCAGCUGCACCAGACAUAGAAGAGCAGGCUGCAGGAGAGCUUGCUGAGGAGGACAUGGAAGAGGAGGAGGAAGCACCUAAACACAAGAGGAAUGGAAAAGCUGUGAGAGCUGAUAACGACUUCUCUGACCUCUUGCCUAGGGGCAAGGAGGAGCUGAGGGAGGCAACGGCCUUGCUGACAGCCCAGCAAACGUCCUUAGAGAUCAUCGUCAACAUGUGCUGCUCUGACGACCCCUCUGACGACGAGUGGGAGGAGGAGUCGAGCAGUGAUGAAAGCGACAUGGGUCCAGAUGGUCUUUGUGAUGGAGUGUCCAAUCUGAUGUCUCCACUGUGUUUGUCAGCUGAGGUUCACGGGGCAUUAAUCAGCCACAGCGUCCCUGAAAAGGUCCUCAAAAAGACUGAGUUCCCUGGAAAGGAAGCCAUGGACGUGUGCCAUCAGAAUCCCUCCUGGAGAAGCCUGAUUAAAAAGAUGCAGCGUGUGCAGUCCCGGGCGCUGACGUGCCUCCAUAGCAUCCUCUCCACCAUGGAUGCAGAGUCUCUAGGAGGAACAGCAGCCCUGCAGGGAGCAGCGCAGCAUCUGUCCACGCUGGUUUUUGGUGCAGCAGAGAUACCCAAAGAUGAGGAAUUCCUAGAGGCUGUCAUCAGCGCCAUGCGGUCUCUUUUACAGAUGAUUGCCUCUAAAAAUAUUCCCCAGUGUAUGACCCCCCAGCAGUUGAUGAGCCUGAGCGAAGCCGCCACCCGCUGUGAAGUUGUCAGUGUGAGGGUCAACGCCGUCGCCAUUCUGGGCAUCACUGGCAGCACAUUAGCCAAAGAGAAGGGCACUGCUGAAACCCUUCAGAUGAUUGGAAACGCCUUACUUCAAGUUGCCACGAGGGAUGCCGACCUGGUUGUAAACGGAGAAGCCCUCGACGGCCUGUUUGAUGUUUUUGCGGAUGGAGACGAGGCAGAGGUGGCUGCUAAAAACAUCCAGUUACUACCUGCACUGAAGGCACUUCAACCGGUCUUUAAGGCCAAGAUUCGUAAAGAAGGUAGAGGAAAGUACAGCCCUCAGCAGCUGUGUGUGCUAGACAACAUCAAAGUCAACCUGAGAAGAUUCAUUGGUUAUCUGGAGAAGAUGGGCAAAAAAUGAGGAUGUUCACUACUUUACAUUGCAAACCUGUUGAACCUGUACGGUUUGGACAGAUAUGCUAGCAGGAGCAUAAAACAAUAUAGGUGUGAAACCAUGAAGUAUUUAUUAUGUUGGUAGUAAUUAUCCCUUUGUUUUUUUUCUUGGUUUCAUUGUUAAUAUUCUCAAAAUAAUGAUUUACUAUUUUACUUAGCGAUGUGAAAGUUUUAUUUGUUGUGAAGAAAGAUUCAAUUUAAAUACUAGUCACUGCGAGCCGCAGUAAAGAGGUUUUUAUUUUUGCUCCCUCAGUGGAUAUGUGUCAUUCAACCCAUAAUGGUUGUCAGAACUUGAAUUUAUAUAUUCAUGUCCCCCGGUAACAUUUUUAAGAGAUCAGGUGUGGAGAGCUGACGCUAGGUCACAUGUGUACCCUUCAUUUUGUCCCAUGUUUCAGUGAGCACAAAUUUGAUGUUUACCACUCUGCUGCAAGGAAUAGGAAGCAGAGCUAUUAGAGAUUGCAGGCCCUUUAUAGGAAGGAUUCGACUGUCGACACUAAGAUUUUAUGUUCUGGGUAUUGCAUGAUAGAAUCAUAAUUUUGUUAAGACAGAAAUUGUCUUGCCUAAAGAGAAACUAAACAAAAUUUUCAUUUCAGUAACUUACUAAGCUGAAUGGGUUUGGUACACUCACUGCCAAGGUUGUUACAACAUUAAAAUCUAUUAUAAAAGACAUUUUAGCCUUUAGACACGCACAUAUUCUCUACCUCUGCCUUUCUGUGCUCCAUCCACCUCACAUCUCUUAGCAUUGAUUGCACACUCUGCAAGGUUGCCACUCAUGCAUGCAAUGGUAACUUUUGCAGUGUUACAUUUGUGAACUUUUCUUUCUGCAAGUCAUUGCAAAUAAGUAAAUCCAGGAUAGUGCCAUCCUUUGCACUGGAUCAGUAGUUUAUCAUGGUUUGAGUAACUGACAAAGUCAACACAUUAGCUUUCAUUAAUGCAGUAAAAGGUGAAGAUUGAACGGUGACUUGCACCCACAAAUGGCAUUUAUCUAAAUGUCAAAAUGAACAGUCAGACAGCUUCUCUGGGUUCCCCACAACCUUUCAGGGAAAUGUAAAUAAAGCUGCAUAUCAUCACUUAAAAGACAAUUUCAAAGAUACAUUUGAGGGAGUAUAUGUCAUCAGGCUAUGAAUGACUAUCUUUUUUGAAAUAAAUCCUCAUUUCUUAAGCAUU